AUGUCCCUCCGAGCAGACGUCUACGUCGCCCCUCGCCUGCCAAUCGCCAUCCCCCGAGCCGGCGGCCCCAGUUCCUUCUCGCCCAUCUCCUGCACGCUCAUCCACGGCAAAUCCGAGGCCGUACUAGUCGACACUCUCAAUCAGCCAGACGGAGUCCCUCAUCCAGUGGAUCGAAGAUACCGCACCAGGCAAGGACCUCCGAUUCAUCUACAUCACGCACGGCCACGGCGAUCACUUCUUCGGCAUCUCCACGUUGCAGAAACGCUGGCCGAAGGCGAAAGCAAUAGCCACGCCGGGAACUGUCCGCCACAUGAAACAGCAGCUCCAGCCGAAGUGAUCGCGCAGCCUGUCGCGCUGGCCGAGCCGAUGGAGUCGCCAGACACGUUUGAAAUCGAAGGCCAUGUUUUCCAUGCGAUCGAGGUCGGGCAUUCGGAUAUCCACGACACGACGGUGCUCCACGUGCCAGAUUUCGACCUGGUCGUUGCCGGAGAUGUGGUCUACGGCGAUGUGCAUCAGUACUUUGGCGAAGCCAACACGACGGAAAAGCGCAUGGGGUGGAUCCGAGCGAUCGAGAAGAUUGAGGCGUUGCGGCCACAGACUGUGGUGGCUGGUCACAAGAGACCUGGUUCUGUUGAUGUGGUGUAUAAUCUCCUGGCUAUACAAAGGAGUAUAUCCUCGCGUUUGAAGAUGCGGUUAAGGCGACCAGCAGCCCGGAGGAGUUGGUUGCCAGAAUGA